AUAUAGUAUAAUCUAUUUCCUCGAGGCUUCGUCCCAAAUUAAACAAAUAUAAAUACAUUAAUAUUUCCCGUUUUUUUUUCAAUUUAAUCACUACAAUUAUAGUUUAUACUUGCAUUUCAUAAGGUCCAAAUUAAUGCCCCUUUGAAUCAACAACCUUUUUUUUUUUUCCUUUUCCUCUAAACAGCUUCUUAGCCACCACCAUGAACCUACCGGAUUUUCACUCCGGCGGAACCUCAACGCCGUCGCCAAAGAAAGAACUCCAAAUACAAGGCACACGUCCGCCUCCUCUCAGAGUCAGCAAAGAAUCUCACACAAUCCGUAAACCACCGCUUCCUCCGGCCGUCCACCAUCACCCGCCGGCGGGAGCCUCCCAGCACCGACAACCACUAAUUAUCUACUCCGUUUCCCCCAAAGUCCUCCACGUCACCGUCAGCGACUUCAUGGACGUUGUUCAACGACUCACCGGACCUUCCGCCGGCGAAGAAACACCUCAACAAUCCGGAGCCAUAUCGCCGGCGGCGAGACUUGCGUCGAUCGAAAGAACGAGCCCGACGGAGAGAGAAAAGGCUCAAAACAUAGACGACGACUUGACGUGGUUACUAGACGGAAUUGAAAUGGGUCAAUUUCCCGGGAUAUUAUCGCCGGCACCGGCAACACUGCCACCGAUAUCGCAGGGAUUCUUUUCUCCUAUGACGGAGACACAAACGACGUCGUUUUGGCAUGAUACGAGUCCGUUAUGGUAUGGGAACAGCUUCGUGGCGAGUCCUUCGGGUUUACUUUCGGCCACCGUGGUUUCGCCGCUACCAUCGCCAGAUCUAUUCAAUAUCUUCGACUAAUUUUUUUUUUUUUUUACAUAAAGUUUAUUUUUGACUUUUCAUUGAUGAUGAUUGUUUAGGGAGGUUGAAAAUUCAACAUUCACUGACUUUUGUGCUAUAUAUAUAUAUCAGCCACACAAGUUUUGGUCUCUGUGAAUAUUAGUGUGAUGGAGAAAAAUUAUUUUAAAAAAUAUCACCAACUGUUCGAAGCUUUGGUCCACUAUUUUGUGUUAAGAAUUGGAUGGAUUUAUCUGUCACAA